CAGCCGCAAGGCGCGCCUGCCUGCCUGCGACGGCAUCUCGCUGUGCGGUCGGAGGAAGCGGCGUUGCCGGAUAGAUCCGAUGCCGUCAUACAUCCAGGCCGUAUUUAAGGCCUCGUUUUCCGAUCUCAUACGGGAAAAAUAGAGCUUCCUCCUUCGUUCUCCCUGCGUCGUGUGGGUAGGUACCUACCUUGCUUCUGCUAUAAGUCGCCGUGCUGGUCUUCGGGCUUGUAGCUUAAUAUAAUUCCUCCCUCUCCUUCGUUUUCCUCUCUUGCCGCUGGGCAGCUUGUAUCCCGGCAAUAACACAUCGCCCCUACGCUGAUCUCCUCUUACCUACGUUUGACACUGUCGCGAUGGGAUCCCCCGUGGGCCUCCCCGAGAAGCCCGUGGGUGGGAGUUCCCCGGGCUCCACUGAUGACGGCAGGCAGCCAGACGGCGCCGGGAAGAGUUCGGCGAUGAAAGGGUUUAUCAGGGUGUUCACCUUCGGUCAGCCACGAGACUAUAUCCUCGAAUCCAUCGGUAUCGUCGCCGCCAUCGCCUCGGGCACCGCGCUUGCUCUGGUCAACGUGGUUCUAGGCCAAUUCAUAACCCUACUCGGCGAUUUCACCAUCUCCGAGCCCCCACCGGCCGGCUUCAUGGCUGCCGUGAGCAAGACUGCACUCUAUUUUGUAUACAUCGGCAUUGCGCGAUUCGUCUGUAUCUACAUCUACGCCUCCCUUUUCACCAACGUCGCCCAUCGCUUAGUUCGUAAUAUUCGACAUAGCUACCUCCGUGCCGCCUUUAGUCAGGAAAUAGGCUUCUUCGACGUUGGUACCAGAGGAUCGAUCUCGAUGCAAGCUACUUCAAACGGCAAGUUGAUUCAGUCGGGGAUCGCGGAGAAACUUGGAAUGUUUGUUCAGGGUAUCGCUACUUUUAUCGCCGCCUUCGUUGUCGCCUUCGUGAGCCAUUGGAAGCUCACAUUGAUCAUCAUUGGUAUCGUCCCGGCAUUACUUCUAGUGGCGGGUACCGCAGCGACGCGAGAAGCCAGAAUCGAAACAGAUAUCCUCAAAAUAUACGCCCAGAGCGGAAGCUAUGCCGAAACCACCCUAGGAGGUAUCCGUACGGUACUGGCCUUCAGUCUCCGGCCUAGGGUUGUUGCGGCGUACGACGCCUUCCUCCAGAAGGCGUUCAAUCUCGGCAAGAAGAAGAGCGUUCUCUAUGGUGUUCUUCUCGGAGGAGAACACUUCGUCAUGUAUGGAGGAAUGGCCUUAGCAUUUUGGCAGGGUAUAUCCUUCAUCAAUCGCGGCGAAAUUCCCGAUUUGGGUACCGUGUUUACUGUACUGUUUUCGGUCAUGAUUGGCGCCAGCAUCAUCACAGCCAUCGCACCCCAUCUCAUGGUUUUCACUCGCGCGGCAACGGCAGCCUCCGAGCUGUUCGCGCUAAUGGAUAGAAAGUCGGAGAUCGACCCAUUUGAUGAGUCAGGUGACAAGCCCGAGAACCUCGACGGUAUCAUCGAUCUCCAAGGGGUUACCUUUAGCUACCCUACGCGCCAAAACGUAACUGUACUAAAUAACUUUACCUUGCAUGUGCCGGCGGGAAAGGUCACGGCUCUGGUUGGCCCCAGUGGAUCUGGAAAGAGCACAAUUAUCGGGCUGCUGGAACGGUGGUACAACCCGGCAGCCGGGUCUAUUACACUGGACGGCAAGAAUAUAAGCGACUUAAAUCUGAUGUGGCUGAGGACAAACGUGCGCCUUGUUCAGCAGGAACCAGUUCUCUUCAACGGCAGCGUCUUCGAUAAUAUUGUAAACGGCCUGGUCGGGACCCCGUGGGAGAUGGUCUCUCGCGAAGAGCAGAUGAAACGUGUCGAAGAAGCCGCCAAACUUGCCUUCGCGCAUGACUUCAUCCAGGAACUUCCUCAGGGAUAUGAUACGCGAAUUGGCGAGAGGGGCGGUCUUCUAUCAGGUGGACAAAAGCAGAGGAUUGCCAUCGCCCGAAGUAUCAUAUCCGAGCCGAAAAUUCUACUACUUGACGAAGCAACGAGUGCCCUUGAUCCCCACGCUGAAGGUAUUGUUCAGCAGGCACUCGAUAGGGCAUCGAAGAAUCGGACGACAAUUGUUAUCGCUCACAAGCUUGCCACCAUUCGGAAUGCCGACAACAUUGUCGUCAUGUCUAAGGGCCGAAUCGUCGAGCAAGGGCGCCAUAACGAGCUUGUCGCUUUAAAGGGUGUCUACUCAAGCCUUGUUAGGGCGCAAGAUCUCUCUCCGACAGAGGUAAAGGGGGAGUCGGAGCAGAAUUCAGACAUGGAAUCGACCGCGGACGAAGGCGUUAAGCCGGCUCAGUCCUUGGGCAAGAUUCAAACGGCCGAGUUGCAGCAACUUCGGCUGUUAAAAGACCGCGAAGAUGUCGACAUGUACAAACAGUCGGGCAUCGUUCGGAACGUCAUGAAGCUAGUCCUGGCCACGCCCCAAUUGAAUCUCUGGUACUUCCUCACUGUGGUCAGUUGCAUUUUGGGGGCUGCCAUUUUCCCUGGACAGGCAGUUCUUCUCGGUGACGUCGUCAAUGUCUUUACGUCUCCAGACAUGGUGUCCCGCGGGAACUUUAUUUCCUUGAUGUUUUUCGUGAUAGCGCUGGGGGGCAUGGCUGCGUAUUUCCUCCUGGGAUGGGCGGCCAAUGUUAUUGCGCAGACCCUGAGUAAGAAAAUGCGGAAAGAACUCCUGGAUUCCGUACUACGACAAGACCUUCGCUUCUUCGAUCGCCCCGAGAAUACGGUCGGUGCGCUCACUAGCCGGCUCGAUUCCUACCCGCAAGCUAUCCUCGAGCUAAUGGGCUUCAAUGUAUCACUUGUGCUCCUGGCCUCUAUUAACGUGCUAGCCUGUAGUAUUCUGGCUCUCGUUAUUUCCUGGAGGGUCGCGGUUGUGGGCGUCUUCGUCGGGCUCCCACCCAUGCUAGCAGCUGGGUGGGCCCGUAUUCGCGUAGAAACGAAGAUGGAUAGCGAUAUGGACAAGAAAUUCUCGGCAAGCUCUUCGGUAGCAUCUGAGACUGUAACUGCUAUCCGUACCGUCUCUUCGUUGGCUAUCGAGGGUAAGGUCCUCAAAAGGUAUACGGAUGAGCUUGAUACGGCCAUCAAGAAGUCGACCGCUCCCCUUUUCCGGAUGAUGAUCUGGUUCUCACUCACUCAGUCCAUUGAAUACUUUAUUCUUGCUUUGGGAUUCUGGUGGGGAUCGAAGCUCAUCAAUGAUGGUUACGUAACUUUCGAUCAAUUCAUGGUCUCCUUUAUGGGAGUCUACUUCUCAGGCCAGUCAGCCGGCCAGCUGUUCUCUUAUGCAAGCAGCUUCACCAAGGCCAACCAAGCAGCCAACUACUACUUCUGGAUGCUAGGACUCAAGCCAAUUGUACGGGAGACCGACGAAAACCGCGAAAAGGGACCGGCAGACGGUUGUAAAUCCUUUGACUUCGAAGAUGUCCAGUUUGCCUACCCUCUGGCCCCCGGCAAUCGAGUGCUGAAGGGGGUGUCUUUGACUAUUCAACGCGGUGAAUUCGUGGCUUUUGUGGGGGCAUCGGGCUGUGGCAAGAGCACGAUGGUCUCUCUACUGGAACGAUUCUAUGAUCCCAUUAGUGGAACCAUAAACAUCGACUCGGCUCCCCUACCAUCACUCAACCCGCUGCUAUACCGUAGAAGCAUUGCGCUGGUACAACAGGAGCCGACCUUGUUCCCGGGAACUAUCCGCGAGAACGUAUCGCACGGCAUGGAUAUUGACGUUACCGACACGGCUCCGGAAGCGGAGAUCGAAGAGGCAUGUCGCGCUGCCAAUGUAUGGGACUUUAUAUCCUCGCUACCCGAGGGCCUCAACACCCCUUGUGGUACCAGUGGUAGUCAGCUUUCGGGAGGGCAGCGACAGAGAAUAGCGAUUGCGAGGGCGCUGGUGAGGAAACCGGAUGUGAUAUUGCUGGAUGAGGCGACAAGCGCGCUGGAUACCGAGUCGGAGCGAAUCGUGCAGCGUGCCUUGAUGGAGGCGGCCGUAACGGGGGAUCGAAUCACCAUCGCCGUGGCGCAUCGACUUUCCACCGUACGCGAUGCGAAUAAGAUAUACGUUUUCUACGGCGGCAGGAUCGUCGAGAGCGGGACCCACGGAGAACUGAUCGAACAAGAUGGGAUGUACGCGAAGAUGUGCGAAGCGCAGAAAUUGGACCAGGGCAUAUAGAGAGACGGGCGAGAAGACCAUGGUGCGGUUACAUCGGGUACUUCAACCUUGUUGCUUUCAUCUCAUGUCUCAUGGUAUGGCCUGUGCGGUCCUAUUUGGUAAGGACGCUUCCGGAUCUAAUCACAUAGCAUAUGGGUUACGAAGGGGCCUACAACUAUGUGGGAUUUCGUUAUAAUAACAUUUACGGAUGGGGUGCUCUGUGGCUGGGAUGGUCUGCUGGAUUGGUUGGGGUUCGGGCUGAUACAUAUAGAGUGGGAACGGAGAUGAAAGGGAUUUCAUGUACCUAUAGAUAUGAUAAAAGACAUCAUAACGCGGGGCCGUCGACUUCGGCCUCACGGCCGUAGUAACGGUCUGCUUAAUCUCCCCUCUCAAGCGCUACCUAUUCAAUUCUCUUAUCCGUUCUCAGUGCGUAUUAUUAGUAUUAAUAGAGGAAGUCUGCCUCAGGUCACCUUUAGCGUAAUACAGAGAACGAACACCCUCAAGGUCCAAGUCAGAGGGGGAACAGAUUAUGCCUGCGAUGUACGACAACCAGAGGACUUGGCACGACUCUUGGUUCCGCCCAGCAAUCGGUCUAGAUACUCUGACAAUGGGGACCCGUCGUUGACAGGGGCAUCGAAUACCUAUUAUAAGAAGAUCCUCCUCCGCAUUCGUGCAGGGAAGUUCCUCGGUUGCUAAAUCUCGCCUA